UUUUUUUCUUUCAAAAUAUCUGGAACGGAAUCGAGUCGUCGUCCUCACUUCAAAUAUCUCUCGUUUUGACCUACAACUACCUACAUAGCGGAAGAAGAAUGGAAUCGAGUCCUCCUCCUCCUCACUUCAAGGUGGUUUUGGGAUCUUCAUCGAUUGCUCGACGAAGUAUAUUAACAGACAUGGGAUACCAAUUCACUCUAAUGAGUGCUGAUAUUGACGAGAAAAGCAUCCGUAAGCAGAAUCCUGAAGAGUUGGUUUUAGCUUUAGCUGAGGCAAAGGCUGAAGCAAUCAUGCAGCGGAUCCCUGAUGACGACGACAUAAAGGAGACCUUACUUGUUACUUGUGACCAAGUUGUCGUCUAUGAAAAUGCCGUUAGAGAGAAACCCUCGAGUGUGGAAGAAGCAAGGGAAUACAUAAGAGGCUAUUCCAAGGGACACACAGCAACAGUCAGUUCUGUGGUUGUAACAAAUACCAAAACAGGAUUCAGAAAAGGAGGCGUCGACAGAGUGGAGAUCUAUUUUAACGAAAUAUCGGAGGAGAUUAUCUCGAAACUGAUUGAGGAAGGCACGGUUCUUAAGGUGGCUGGUGCACUCCUAAUCGAACAUCCUCUAAUAUCGCCAUGCGUCAAAGAAAUGGUUGGGACAAUAGAUAGCGUCAUGGGUCUGCCUAAAAAAUUGACUGAGAAACUCUUAAAGGAAGCAAUGGCAAGCACACAGGAGAAAAUGUCUGGUGUCUAAAAAUGUUGGUUUAUUAUUUAAUGAUCGAUCUGCUUUUGAAUUUAUGGAUAAGUUGUUUUGACUUGUUUCUAACAAGUAACCAAAACCUUUGGAUUGUGAUUGGUAGUUUGUUUUCUUAUU